UUCGGUUGGAGUGAAAGACUGGUUGACUGCAUUUGAAUUUUCAGGAUUUGCCCGGUUGGUGAAGGAAGAAAACGGAGAUGAAAAACCUCGUGCCCUCGAUUCUCAUCCUGUCUGCCGUGAUCUUGCUGGAGUUUCCACAGAUACAAUGUUUUAAGGCUCCGAUAACGAUGGACCUCGCAGAAAAUUCCCUCGAUGAUCAAUAUGUCCGUUGCGAAAGAAAAAUGUUAAAACUUGUUAAGGAAAAAUAUCUUCCAUCAGAAUUACAAAACACCCCCAAUUUUAAAAAAGUCUGGGAAACAGCAAAAAAGUCAAUGGUGAAAAAAAAGAGGAUGUCUUUGAAUUUGGAACAAGCCACGGCAAUCUAUGCUUAUACUAUGGACGUUUACAACACGUUCAAUGAAGAAGUUAGAAAAGGAGGAAAACAUUACAAAGCUUUUCCGUUCAAGUCGUUGCAUUUUUAUUUGACAGACGCCCUGAAAACUCUGAGGUCCAAGAAGGGUAAAUGUUAUGAUGUUUUUAGAGGGGUUCAAGGCCAGUUUACCGCUCUUGAAGGUACAACUGUACGAUUUGGUCAGUUUGCUUCUACCUCUCUAGACAAAAAUGUAGCAAAACAGUUUGGAAACGGAACUUUGUUCAUAAUACACACCUGCCUCGGCGUGCCAAUUGAAGAAUAUUCAGAUAACCAAAGUGAAAAAGAGGUACUUAUUCCACCUUUUGAAAAAUUUCGAAAUCUAUUUCUGUGCUUGUGAUGUCAUUUUCUACAUAGUUAAUGACGUAACAAAACGAUCUACUGUUCCU